GUGGAUGGACUUGAGAGUGUAGUUAUGGAACCCCCUUUAAGCAAGAGGAAUCCGGCGAUCAGAUUAGCGGAUUUGGCAGCGACUCAAGCCCUUCCUCAUCAGAAUAUGACAGGCUUCCCGGGGCUAGGGGGGCAUCACCCUCUCUCCCACCAUGCCCACCUCCACCCUGGGGAGCUGGGCAACGACCCCGGAGUGGCACUCACUCCAUUUGGACCAGAGCACAUGGCACAGACAAAUGCUCUCAAACUUAGCCCAUCAUCUCAGCACAUUCAGAGCCAUCCCGAAGCCCAGACCGCCGCAUCCUUCACGUCUGCUCAGACCACAGUUGGUUUCCCCGUGGCUCACCCCCACUCAGGCUACACAAGCAGCAGGGACUUCAUCCUCAGGAGAGAACUCUCAGCCUCUGCUAUGCAUGCACUUGGCGACCAGCAUAGUUCCGCCUCCUCCCCUCAUCACCAUGGCAUGUUCAUCUCCCCAACAGGUGCUUAUGGGCACGCGGAAAGUGGGGCCCAUCCACUUUUCACUGGACUCCACGAGCAGGCGUCCCCGGGCGCCCACCACCAUGCCCUCAACGGGCAGAUGCGCCUGGGUUUACCGGGGGACAUCUACGCCAGGCCGGAGCAUUUCGGACACAGGCCGGAGCAUUAUGGACCCUCUUCCCUCCACAGCUACAACUCCAUGAACCUUAACGUGAACAUCGCGUCUGCUCCUCACGGAGCGGCGGGGGCGUUCUUGAGAUACAUGCGGCAGCCCAUUAAGCAAGAGCUGAUUUGCAAGUGGAUCGACCAGGAGCAGACUUCCAAGAAGCCCUGCUCCAAAACCUACAGCACCAUGCACGAGCUGGUCAACCAUGUGACGGUGGAGCACGUCGGGGGACCCGAGCAGAGCGUCCACGUCUGUUUCUGGGAGGAAUGCCCGCGGGAGGGAAAGGCUUUCAAGGCGAAGUACAAACUGAUCAAUCACAUCCGAGUUCACACCGGAGAGAAGCCCUUCCCGUGUCCCUUCCCCGGCUGUGGCAAAGUCUUUGCCCGGUCCGAGAACCUCAAGAUCCACAAGAGGACUCACACAGGAGAGAAACCGUUCAAGUGCGAGUUUGACGGCUGCGACCGGAAAUUCGCCAACAGCAGCGACCGGAAGAAGCACUCUCACGUGCACACCAGCGACAAGCCUUACUACUGCAAAGUCCGCGGCUGUGACAAGUCCUACACGCACCCCAGCUCCCUGCGCAAGCACAUGAAGGUCCACUGCAAGUCCCCGCCGCCCCCCUCCGCCAACGCCGCCUACAUCUCCUCCACCACGCCGCUCGGAGACUCGCUGUCGCCCAACCCGGAGGCGCACCGGAACCGGUCCGCCAACCUGUCGCCUCAGGUGACCAACCUGAACGAGUGGUAUGUGUGUCAGGGCAGCGGGGGUCCCAACCACCUCCACACCCCCUCCAGCGACGUGCCGACGUCAGACUCGGACGACGAGGACUCUUUCAGAACUUCAGACCCGAGGACGAUGCUCUGA